AUGGUCCUGACACGAUUCAACACCCAUGCCUUGAAGGAUCUGUGUUCCGAAGAACAGCUAGAACUCCUCAACUCGAUCGACACUCUUCGUUCUCAAGGCAUUGAUCACUAUGUCUCACUACCACAGAUAAUCGUCUGUGGUGACCAGUCUUCCGGAAAGAGCUCGGUUCUGGAGGCCAUUUCCGGUGUUAGCUUUCCCGUCAAGAGCAACUUAUGCACUCGAUUUCCGACCGAGCUCGUUCUUCGACAGCACCCACGAGCGGGGGUUCGUGUAUCUAUCGUCCCCCAUCAGACCCGCAGUGAGGUUGAGCAACGAUGCCUGGGUGAUUUUUGCGAACAACUUGACAGCUUUGAAGGUCUGCCGAUGUUGAUGGAGAAGGCGAAGGGGGCCAUGGGAAUAAACACUCACGGCAAAGCAUUCUCCAAGGACUUGUUGCGAGUCGAGGUGUCCGGACCAGACCGUCCUCAUCUGACCAUUGAGGUAGUUCAGUCCUACAUGCAGGAGCCACGCAGCAUUAUACUUGCUGUUGUGUCUGCGAAGAAUGAUUUUGCGAAUCAAAUUGUCCUCAAACUGGCGCGAAGCGCGGAUAAACUCGGAACUCGGACGCUUGGUGUCAUCACAAAACCUGAUACACUGGCUGCUGGUUCGGAAAGCGAAGCAAUGUUCGUCUCACUGGCGAAGAACUUAGAUGUGGAGUUUCGGCUGGUUUGGCAUGUGUUGAGGAACAUGGAUAUGGACCACGGGCAAUCGACCCGAGAGCAGCGCGACGUUGAGGAAUUCAGAUUCUUCUCUCAAGGCAUUUGGAAAGACUUACCGAGAUCGAUUGUGGGUAUUACCACUUUGCGAGGCCGGCUGAGUACGGUGCUCCUUUCGCAGAUUGCUACGGAGCUGCCAAGCCUCAUUGGAGAAAUUGAAGAUAAAGCCGGCCAAUGCAAGACACGCCUGCGACAGCUCGGCGAGCCUCGAGUAAGCAUUGACGAACAGAAGUCCUAUUUGAUGAACAUAGCGCAGUGUGUUCAGGAACUGGUCAAAGCAGCUGUCGACGGCACGUACAACGACAAUUUCUUCGGUGACGCUUACUCGUCCAGUGGGUAUCAGAAGAGAAUCCGAGCCAUCAUGCAAAACUCAAACGAGGUGUUUGCCGAUGAUAUUGACCAAACUGGCCAUCAGCGUCGUAUAGUUGAAGCUGAUGGGCAACAGUCUCCGGCUAAGCAUCAAGUUGACAUUACCCGAGAGGAAUAUAUCGAGCAUAUCUGCCAUCUCCUCAAGAGAACCAGGGGGCGCGAGCUCCCUGGGACUUUCAACCCCAUGAUCGUUCGUGAUCUGUUUCUAGAACAAUGUUCUCCGUGGGAGAGAAUCACCUACCGCCAUACUGAUAGCCUUUGGGCCGCUGCCCAAGAAUUUCUGAUUCUUGUGGUCAAACAUACCUCGGACGAGGCCACCUCAGCGGCGCUGAUUAGGGAGAUCAUUUAUCCAGCCUGCGACUCUAUUAAACAGGAAAUGAGCGUCAAGGUCAAGGAGCUUCUUCAACCUCACCAGAUUGGCCAUCCGAUCACCUACAACCACUUCUUCACUGAAAACUUACAGAAAGUUCGAACGGCACGGCAGAGAACUAAUAUAGCCACAACUCUCCAGCAGUUUUUUGGCGUAAGCUCUAUAAAACAGUCUUGUUAUAUGGAUACAACAAUUAAACUGGACGACCUCCUCACGCUGCUCACACAACAUUCAGAGCCUGACAUGGUUCGUUACGCAUCGGUCGAGGCAUUAGAUUGCAUGCUUGCCUACUACAAGGUAGCAUUGGAGCGAUUCGUGGACGACAUUGCCAACGAAGUUGUAGAGGGCAAGCUUACGGCUUCCCUUUCGCGCAUUUUGUCUCCAGUGACAGUGUUCGACAUGUCCACAGGUCUGCUUCGCAAUGAGCUUAGUGUCUUGCAGAAGGGUCUUGAGACCUGCAAAGAGUUUGUCAAAUUGAGAAAAGACGGUCAUGGCCUCACAAAUGCUCGGGAUCUAUCAAGGCAAAGCAGAAUUGAAUCGCUGCAGGAAGUAGCGACGCUGGAUACAAAGAGAUCUAAUAUUUCCGAUCCAUCAACUGAUACGCCAAACUCACCUGAGAUACCUGACGAAACGGUUGAUGAAAAUCUAUUUCCUAACGUUGAGGCUGUGAGUCCAAGCCUCGAGCCAGUGGACGUGGUCCCUGCGCCCGUUGAAGAGACUGCAAUCUUAAGCGACCAUGAACCCGCGACAAAAAGGAAGAUGAAGAAGAAGAUGAAGCGGUCUAAGGUUUCUGCUCAGUCUGGCGGGACGUGA